AUGAAUUUUGUUACUGAAAACUUAAAGUACCUAGACGAAAAAUUUGUCAGCGUGUGUUUACCAUGUAUCAAGAAGAACAAAAAGACAGUAGUCAGCAUCAGUGCAGCUGUUACGGUGUCUCUCUUAACUGGCUAUGUCUACAGGUUACUCACUGUUCCUCCAAAGCAUUUCAACGGUCUUCCUUGCAUCACAUAUAUAGACCUUAUCAAGUCCAUUCUCCGUGGCGAUCGUAUAUAUGACCAAAGAAAGCAGCUUGCGCUUCCUCUGCUGGAUAAAGCCAAUGGUGUAUUUGUGGAGCCCUCGCAUGUGGGCUGGCAAAUCAGAUCUACAAACCCCACUAUCAACAAGGCCAUUCUCAAUGAUUCUGAAACAUUUCCCAAGGCAGAGAACAUGUUUGGAAGAGCAGGUAGUCUGGUUUACAGAUUUAUUGGUGGAAAGCAUGUUGGUUCGCUCGAAGGUGCUGAAUGGAGAAGACAUCGAAAAGUCAUUAAUCCUGCUUUUCAUAAGGCGCUUCCGAUCAAUAUCUUUGGUCAAUUGAGCCAAAAGGCCAUAAAAAUGAUGGAAACUCUCGGAUUAGAAAACCUCUGUGUAACUGAUGUCUGUGGGAGAAUGACCCUGGAUGCCAUUAGUGUUGCUGGAUUUGGAUUCGACUUUGAAUGCGUCUCGGUGGUAGAUAAUGAGUGGAUCAAAGUGUAUGAUAAUAUCAGAGAAAAUUUGACCGACCCCUUUUUCAUCCUGUUUCAAAUAUUUGAUGACGAGUUGAAAUGGAUGUUUCCUCACAGAGUUGCUGCUCACAGAGAUCUCGAUAAACUCUUGGGCAGUAUUGACAAAGUAGUAAUGGAAAGAAAAGCCGAGAUGAACUCAAAAGACUCUAGAUUUUCCACCAUCCCUGAGGCUGAGAAAGAUAUCUUGACACUUAUGUUGGAAGCAGAACACCAGGGUGAAGGCAAGCUCUCUGAUUUGGAAUUAAAGAGAAACAUUGCCGGCUUCUUUCUUGCUGGCCAUGAUACGACAGCUAUCUCGCUAGCAUUUGCCAUUGCACAAAUGGGACGCAACAUAGAUAUUCAAAAGAAGGCAAGAGAAGAAGUGCUGUCUGUCCUCGGUGAUGAGCCUGAAGACGUUCUUCCUACAAAAGAAGACUUGAAAGAAAUGAAGUACUUGGACGCUGUAAUUAAGGAGACUCUUCGCUUGAAUAGUCCCCUUACUAAAACACUGAACCGCGUUGCUUCCAGAGAUGUAGAGAUUGAAGGCUUGUUAAUCACCAAAGGCACAUCUGUUGAUGUUGAUAUCACUGCAACCCAUAUGAGCUGGGAAGACGGCCAAGAGUUCAAACCAGAAAGGUUUCUCGGCGCUACGGACCUUGCAUCAAACAAACAUGGCAGCAAUUUUGUAACCUUUGGCGGUGGAAGCCAUACUUGCCCUGGAAUGUACUUUAGCUAUGCUGAGCAACGUGUAUUUUUGUCCAUGCUAUUACGCAAAUUUGAAUGGCGCUUGUCAGAUGAUACAAUUCACAAAGAUGAAUGUAUAGGCGAAGGCUACGGAUCUGUCAAACCAGUAGACCUUCGCAUCAACUUGACGAAGAGAUACUAG